UAAGGAGGGUGGGCGGACGGGUGGGCCCUCCGGAGCAUUGUACCAGAACGGUACAUGGUGCUUCCAGAAGGCACCGGUACGCCCGUACCAGGGCGUACUGGUCGUAACCCACCAUUGGCGCCACCACCGCGCAGGACCUUCCACGCAUGUGCAGAGUGUCAAAAAUGAGACAUGAUGAUGUCUGUAUGGGUGGACGGAGCCUCCACCGCUACAAUCAGUUUGCCCGAACUGGAUAGAACUGGUCAAAUUUCACACAUGUUUGUCUUCUCUUGUUUUUCCUGCAGGGUCUCGGCUCCUGUGCUGAGAUGAUCCCUCCGUGCUCCUCCCGCCUGCACCGCCAUGGAUGCUCCCUCUAACUCCUCCUCCUCCUCCUCUUCCUCCUCCCACUCCUCCGCUUCUGUCCCCCCGGCAGACGGACAGGAUGACCGGGCCGCGGUUCGGCCUGCUCAGGGCUCUCCUGCCUUGCCACCCACCAAAGAACCCCCACUCCGGGACCCUCCCUCUUCCCCCUCGUCCCAUCCCGAUGAUGUCAUGAGACCCUGUGCCAGCAGCCAAGCUGCCGCGCUUGGCUUGGCCAAGUUCCCUGCCGCCGUCUCGUCUACCCCACAGCUCCAAGCGGACCCCAGCCUGUCCUUGUCAAAUCUGCCCUCUUUCCCGCGAGGCCCGCCGCUGGCCGAAGAUGGGGUCCAGCUGGAGGAACAAAGAGACGAGGACAGUGGUUGCGAGGCCCGGCUCUUCUUUGCCGCCGAUGGUUCGGCGUACCUCCUCGCUAGCGGCCACGUUCUCUUACCAAAGGGCUCCCCCGUCACCGCCACUCCUCAAGUGUCCAUUCUCCACAUCCAGGACAGUGGAGGUCCUAACCAAGGCUUUAUGUCUGUUGACCAAAUGUCCCAGAAUACCUCAGCGCCAGGCGAGGUGACCCCUCAAGGCGCCUUCUAUAGUUACCGACUGGCCGGGGCCCCAGCUCAAAGUACGCCUGCCAAAAACGCUGUCACCAAAUCCAAAGAUGUCCCCACCGUCCCCGUGGAGAAUGAGGAAGCCACCCGUGGCCAAGACAACCUGAUGCCAGGGGGUCCCGUGUGGCUCUGCCUGACAUGCCGCCUCUCAUUCAACCAGGGCCCUACCUUGGCAUCUCAUGCCCAUACGGCACACGGCGUCCAGCUCAGCAACGAGAAACGCCAGGCCUUGGAUGGAGGGGCUUCGGCUGUAUUCCAGGGCACCGACCUGGGCUUCCUAGAACCAAAUAACCCCACCACCGAGGCAGACCUCAAUGCCAGAAUGUGUAGCAGAUGGGUGAAUGUAAAAGAGGAGGAGGAGGAGGAGAAGGAGGAAGAAGAAGAGGAGGAAAAUGAGAACAAGAAGAGAAGCCCAGAAAGACGAUGCGAGCCAUCAGAUACCAAAGAUUCAAGGGUCGGCGGCACGCACUGGGCAAAUGGUUCCAUGGAGGAGAAACCAGAAGUGGAGAAGGAGAAGGAGGAGGAGGAAGAGGAGGAGGAGGAAGAGGUAGCACAAGUGGAUGAAAAGAAGAAAGAGAAGGAACUGCUUCCAGACCAAAGUUCACCAGAUACAUCAAGUGCACCCUUGGCUGCUAACAUCCCCCUCUCAGAAACACCACUGACCAAGGGCCCAUAUCCUGAUCACAUGGGGCCACCCCAGGAGGACGUCAACAAGGAAAGGACCACCAACAAGAUCCUGAAGGAAAGACUGAUGCACGAGGUCCCUUGUGUGGACUUAGUGGCUGAAAUCAGCAGGGCCGAGUCUGUUCCCAAAGCCGACAGCGUUCCCAAUGAUACCCAGCGGACGUGCGGUGGGUCGGGCCGCGAUAUCAGCGCAGCUGACUUGGCGGACAGCCUGAGCAGUGUAGGAAUGGCCAACGAAGUGAUGGCGACUGGGUUUGAGGUCAACAAUGGACUCGGGAGCAAUGGCCACAACGGUGGAGGAGGACCCACGUUGAGCUUCGGGGAAGAUUUUACGGCGAUGGCGUACUCGGGGUUGACUUUGUCGGGCCACAUGUCACUGCUGCACUCGCGCAACUCCUGCAAGACACUCAAAUGUCCCAAAUGCAACUGGCAUUAUAAGUACCAGCAGACCCUUGACGUCCACAUGAAGGAGAAACAUCCGGAGAACAACAGCCACUGUGCCUAUUGUAGCACCGGCGGUCCCCACCCGCGCCUGGCUCGUGGCGAGAGCUACAACUGCGGUUACAAACCCUACCGCUGUGAGGCCUGCAACUACUCCACCACUACCAAAGGCAACCUCAGCAUCCAUAUGCAGUCCGAUAAACACCUGGCCAACCUACAGGGCUACCAAGCCACAGGAGGCAGUGGACCGCCGGUGGCUCCUCCGGUGGCCCCUUCCCCGUCCUCCCCUGAGGAGAAGGAGUCGAAGGGCAAGUCAUCCUGGCAAUGCAAGGUGUGCAGUUACGAGACCAACAUCUCCCGUAACUUACGGAUCCACAUGACAUCUGAGAAGCACAUGCAGAACAUGCUGUUGCUCCAUCAAGGGCUGCCGUUGACUUUGCCGGGACUUCUCGGACAACCUCAGACCCCUCCGGGAGGCAAGGCUCAGCCCGAGCUGUUCCCGUUCUAUGGGGCACAGGCUCUGGGCCAUGGCCACCACUCGCAUCCCCACCAGGUCCACGCGGGGAGCAACCCACCUCUGCGGGCAGACAAGCCCAUGGAACAACCUCAACUCUUGCUCAAUGGAGGCUUCCAACAUCUGAGCACGUCGGGGCGGAAGAUGGCUACAUUGGGAGCAGCCCCCGCCUCUCUCUCUCCUGAACCUGCUCCCCCCUCCUCGCCACCAGCCCAAUCUGGACCUGACCUACUGGCCCCCCAGAGAUUGUUCAGCUGUCUGGUGUGCCAAGUCUUCAGCACUGACAGUCUGGAUAGCCUCCUCCGGCACGCCUCCACCCCGCGCUCCCUGCCGGAGAUGGAAUGGAAAGAAAUCUCUGGCGACCUGCACCGUUGCCGGCUCUGCGCUUACGGCACCCAACUGAAAGCCAACUUCCAGCUUCACCUGAAGACCGACAAGCACGCCUUGAAGUACCAGCUGGCCGCUCACCUGCGGGAAGGGGGCAGCUUGGCCGCGCACCUGGGGGUGGAGCUGCCCCUGGGACCGCCCCUACACCUUCAUUGCAACCUGUGUGAAUACGAGACCAACAGCAAGGAAAAAAUCCAGCUUCAUGUUGCCGGCACCGGCCACCAGGAAGCAUUGCAAGGUUACAAGUUGCUUCUGGAAAUGGAGACCACCUCGGCACCCCUGCCCGCCACUGAACCCGCGCAGUUCCGCUGCCUCCUGUGUCACGUCGACUCGCCCAACCGCCUGGCCAUGAUCCAGCACCUCCGCUCUCCCCACCACCGCGAGGCACAUGGCCAGUGGCGCCUCCAGCUACUCCAGAACGGCGAAGGCACUUUGGGCCUCGAAAGAUACGUCUGUUUUGCGCCCGCCAACCCUGCAGGUAAACUGCCGUGCCGCUCGGCUGGUGGGUGGGGCUGGCGCUGCGGACCACUGAGGCCCGUUGGGUCCCAAUGGGCUUCUGAAGAGACCGAAGCAGCAUCCUCUGGCAACGCAGGAGACACAACGGUCUUCUGCUGCCCUUACUGCAAUUACGCCGACCAGUCGUCCGACGCCGUACGGGCCCACACCGUCUCCCAGCAUGCCGUGCAGCCCAAGUUCCACUGCCCGCUGUGCCAGGAGCAGCUGGUCGGCCGGGCCAACCUCCACUUCCAUCUCAGCCACGUUCACAACGUGGUGCCCGAAUGCGUGGAGAAGCUGCUACUGGUGGCCACGACGGUUGAAAUGACUUUCACCACCAAAGUUGUUCCCGGAGUGCCUCUUCCUCCUGACCCACCCAAACCAGGUGGCUCUCUCGGCGUAGAGCAAGUGGCCAGGCCGGAUGCCCCAAGCCCCCUUAUUGCACCAACCAUAGAGGAGAAAGCCUCCCCACCACCGGUCCUUUCCCCUGAAACGCCCCCACCUUCUGUCGCCGCCUCCCCGCCUCCUAAGGAGCAUGUGGAAAAGUCACUUCCUGCCUCUCCACCACCACCUCCUCCUCCUCCUCCUCUGCCUCCUCCCGCCGUCACUCCUCAAGAGCCGGAAGAGGACGAGCCGUUACAUCCAAACCUCACCCCCGAAGAGCAGCAGCCACCAGCACCUGUCCUCGCGGAACCGCCUGAAUCCUCUCCACCCGUCCUGCUGAAUCCGGAUUCCCGGCACCCUCUGUCCUACCGCAAGGCCACCAAUUUCGCCUUGGACAAAUUCUUGGAUCCCGCCCGCCCCUAUAAAUGCACCGUUUGCAAAGAGUCCUUCACCCAGAAGAACAUCCUGCUGGUGCAUUACAAUUCGGUGUCCCACCUCCACAAGAUGAAGAAGGCCUCAGCGGACCCGUCGGCGUCCUCUCGCGGGGAACCCGGCGCCCCAGGGGCUCUCCAGCCCUCUUCGGACAAGCCUUACAAGUGUACCACCUGCCGGGUUUCUUACAACCAGAGCUCCACCUUGGAGAUCCACAUGCGUUCCGUGUUGCACCAGACUCGCUCCCGCGUGGCCAAGAUGGAAGCCGCGGGCAAGGCGGAUGUAUCUCCUGCCGAACUGGAGCCCUCCAACGAGACCCCUCUGGAAACCGAGGCCCCCAGCUGUGUCCAGGUGCCCACCCUGCCAUUUCUCACCCCGCCCGCAGCAGAACUGCCCCGCUUCCCUACGCCCCUUUUCACCCCACCGCUGCUGCCCCCUUUUCCUCUGGUGCCGGAAUCCCUGCUUAAACUACAACAGCAACAACAACAGCUGCUGCUCCCUUUUUACUUACAUGAUCUGAAGGUGGCUCCCAAGUUGGCUUUAGCCGCGCCAACCCUGACCCUGCCUACCCCGUCGCCUGUCCUGCUUCCUCCCCUGCCCCCCAAAGAAGAACCAGCCUCCACAGCCAUCGCAAGUAGCUCCAAGGCAGAGACAGCCGAAGAGACCGAAGGGGAAGAAGCCGAUGGAAGCCAAGCAGGGAAUGAGGUUUCUCGCACAGCAGCCAAAGCCCUCCUGGAGAAUUUCGGCUUUGAGUUGGUGAUCCAGUACAACGAGGGCAAACAAGCGGCCACUGUGCCCCCUACCAUGCCCCUGCGUCCCCCCGUGGGCAAGCUGCAAUGCGGCACUUGUGGGAAACAGUUCUCUAACAUGCUCAUCCUGAAAACCCACGAGGAGCAUGUGCACCGGCGGUUCCUGCCCUUCGAGGCGCUCAAUCGCUACGCCGCACAGUUCCGGAAGAGUUACGACAGCAUGUAUCCUCCCCCUCCGUCCGUACUCCCAAUUGAGACAACUGCAGUCACCACUACUGCGCCAGCAGCAGUUCCAACCAUCACCACCACCGUCAUGGAGAAUACCACAGUCACUGUGACGCAAUCUUCAAUACCGCUGGAGAUCCCUGCUCUCUGUCCUCCAUUUUUGAUGCAACCCAUGCCGGUGGUCAUGCCUCCACAAGAAAACGAGACUCCCUGUGUACCUCCUGACUGCCUGAAGUCUCUUUGGUUUCGAGGGGAGGAAGAGGAAGGCAAGAACGUAUCAUCAGGAGUCAUGGAUCUUCCCCGUGGGGGCUUCCCUUCAACCCGGCGUUUUUCUCGUACCAAAUUCACUGAGUUCCAGUCUCAGGCUCUGCAGUCCUUCUUUGAGUCGAGUGCUUAUCCCAAAGAUGGCGAGGUGGAACGCCUGUCUGCCCUUUUGGGCUUGCCCAAUAGAGUCAUUGUGGUCUGGUUCCAAAACGCACGCCAGAAAGCCCGUAAGAGUGGCGGGAACGAAGCAAGCAUGGGCAACUGCGGAAAUGCCACCGCACAGCCAUCCUGUAAAAAAUGUCGGACGGCCUUCCGCUGCAUCUUUGAGCUGGUGCGCCACCUGAAGAAGUGUUACAAUGAUCAGCUGGACGAGGGGGAAGGAGAUGAGGAAGAGAACGAAGGGCCUGAGGAGGAGGAGCAGGAGGAGGAAGAGGAAGGGGACGAGAAACGAGAAAUCUCGGGAUCUGGUGGGGAUAUGAAGACAGAUGUUGCUGGAGACAAACCCGUGGAAGAAGAGCAACCUGCCCCUUCUAUGCCCCCCGACAUCUCCAAGAACCAUCCCUGUGAUCAGUGCACCGCCGUAUUCUCCAGCAGCGACCUCCUGAAUAUCCACCGCAUUAGUCACCUCCCAGCCGCUGGCCCUCCCUUGGCUUCGACGGGUCCUCAAUCUCCCCUCGACAUGACUCCCUUAGUAUUUGGCGACCGCCUGGUCCAACCAGACCCUUCCCGGGCACAGAAGCGAAAACACGAAGAUGGGACCUUGUCUCCCACGGGAAGUGAAACAGCCAGCAUCGCCGGAGGAGACAACGAACCCCCCAGGGACAAGCGUCUGCGGACCACCAUUCUGCCCGAGCAACUGGAGAUUCUCUACCGCUGGUACAUGCAAGAUUCGAACCCCACCCGGAAAAUGCUUGACUGCAUCUCUGAAGAAGUCGGGCUGAAAAAGAGAGUCGUCCAGGUGUGGUUCCAGAACACAAGAGCCCGUGAGCGAAAGGGCCAGUUCCGGUGUAAUACCAGUGCCGCCACCCCAACCAGCAAGCCCCCACCAGCACAACUUAACACUUUCCCAAAGUUCAACCCCGCACCACGGGAUAACCCUGUUCAUUAUGGUGGGUCCUUUGCACCCAACCUCUCUGUGAUUAACCUCCAGCCCCUUCUAACGAAGCCAGACGUUGUCAUGGAACAACAGAUCCAGGAAGAAAUGGCCGAAGAAGAAUUAUCCAAGGAGCACGAAGACCGAAGCUUGUCUGGAGGGGAGCUGAGCGAUUCUUCCUCCUCUUCCUCCUCAGCUGACCUGGACUUCUCUGGCGGUCAGAGGAAUCGAAUGAUGGAUGGCGGUUCUGGAGAGUACCACGACUCUCUGGGUCAGAGACGGUAUCGUACCCAGAUGUCCAGCGUCCAGCUGAAGAUCAUGAAGGCGUGUUAUGAGAUCUACCGAACUCCAACCAUGCAGGAGUGCGAAGUGCUGGGGGAGGAGAUCGGACUCCCCAAACGGGUGAUUCAAGUCUGGUUUCAGAACGCGCGGGCGAAAGAGAAAAAGGCCAAGGCUGCCUCCGGCGGGACCAGUGGCAGUGAUGAGGCCCCCUCCAGUGCUCAGGCUCAAUCCGAAUGCCGCUACUGUGAAGUCAAGUAUGAUUUCUACGUCUCUUGUCGCGGGCACCUCUUUUCUCGCGGCCACCUCGCUCGGCUAAAGGAGGCCAUCCGAUCCCAGCUUAAGAGCGAGAGCAAAUGCUACGAGCUGGUGCCGGACAAAGAAGCACCCUCCCCAACCAGGCUGGGCGUGCCAAUGACUCCUACAGCUAUGCCAUCUUCUCUUGGGGCCAAGCCCCCUUUUGUGCCAGGCACGCCUGCUUCCUCAGCGGGGAUCCUGAGCUCCCCUUUGGCCACCUCCCAGCCAGGCCUCUCCUUACCUCAGCAUCUGCCACUGGAUUCUAGCCAGGUCGGCCCCUUAACUGAGCCUGCUCCUGUUCCUGCUCCUGAGACCGCUCCUAGUGACGGUCAGGCCGAACCAACUUCAAAUCCAGCCCAGGAACCCUCCUUGUCCUCCACUGCAACGCUAAAGAACCUCAAGACGUUGAAGGCUGCAGUGCCGGCCCUGCUGGGAGGCCAGUUCCUGCCCUUCCCACUGCCAGCAGCAGCUACUGCAGCCGCCGCCGCCCCCUCUCUUUUCGGAGCUCAACUGCCGGGGGCGUACUUUCAGCAGCUCUACGGCAUGAAGAAGGGGCUGUUCCCCAUGAACCCCGUCAUACCUCAGACACUUAUGGGGCUGCUGCCCAGCCCCUUGCUCCCGACGCCCACACCCGAGCCCCCCGUCGAGGUGUCCGAGGCCCCAGGCAUCUCUACAGUCGACGUGACUCACCAGUACCUUUGUCGCCAGUGCAAAGCUGCCUUCGAGAGUGAGGGGGCGGCCGUCGCCCAUCAAACGGCGCUCUGCUACUUCGGGCGCCAGGCGGCGCCGCCUCCCCUGCGCGUGCCCGUGUGCACCUACCACUGCCUGGCCUGCGAGGUGCUCGUGAGUGGCCGGGAGGCGUUGGGAGCCCACCUGCGAUCCAGCGCUCACCGCCGCAAGGCCAGCUCCACCACAGCAACCGCAUCGGUGUUUGCCAAAGAGGAAUCCAAAUUACCUCACUCGGACUCCAAUCCAAAAAGUAACGCUACCUCUACGACACUACUAGCUUUAUAGAGAUGGAUGUUGUACUGCCAUCAAUGGAGACAGAUUGACUAGCGAACGAACCUGUGGGUGGGUGGACACCUGCGAGGACCACCCCUCUACUUCCACCCAACAGUCGUCCUUCUUCAAGGUCCAUUUCAGACCCAGGUUCUCCCCCAUUUCUCACUGCCAGCCAGGAAGCUUUCUUGAGAAGGGGGUUCCUUCGUGUCCCCUCCGCAGGCUUUCAAGGGCCUGAGCCCCCCCCCAUUUUUAUUCUAAAUGUCACUCGACUUCCACAGAUUGAGCCAAACACAACCCAUCCAUUGGGGGAGCCUUGGUCCUUACGAAGCGUCAUCUUCUCUACCCAACUCAACACUGGCUGUUGCAGAUGUUCUCCUACUAGCUUUUCUUCACACUGCUCUGUCCUUCCUCCCGUUCAGGCAUCUCCCUAAGGACCCACUGAUGCUAAUUCCCUACCUCUCCUACCCCCUCUCCCAGAUCCUGUGGCCAGAUCCAAUGAGAUUGGCAGCUCAUGACCUCCUCCAGAAUCCUUACCCACCUAUUUCUGUAUUCCUGAGUCUUCCGCCUCCUGUGCUGCCGACGGGUCCCUCUACAUCUUCCACCACAUUCCCAUCUGCAAGGAACAUCUCAAGGAGAUGCUGUCAGGUUUCCGAAAGAUGCCCUAAUUAAUUCGUGAGCCUCCAGCCAAGUUUCAAAAGAAAUCCAGUCAUUUAUU